AUGGAUCAACUUGACAACGGUCACCUGCCCAUCGAUAUGAUCCAUCUUCCCUCAGCCGACCCACAUGUCGUCCCUCAGGCUCCCAUCGAAGCCGAGGAAGGUCUGGGCGACGGUGGACUGGCGAACCGCGACACCGACGCUAUUGCUGAUGCUGGCAAUGAUGCCGCAAAAGUUACACAGUCCACGGCUGCGACAGCCAGUGACAGCCAUAUGCCCUCCGCCCAGUCGAAGAGUGACAUUGAGAUGCAAGCGCGGACUCCAUCAAACGAGACUCAUCCCAGCCCGCGGACGACCGCUGUGACAGGUUGGCCAGACAGUUCGAAGCAUACCACGACGACGGCAGAGGACGGACCGCAGUCGGGUCACUUUGCUGGAAACCCGCUGUUAGCGAUCAUCACUAGAGCAUUGUCUCAGAUGAAUUGUUACGAGGAUGCUGGACCAGAUAUGAACAAUAAUACAAGUUGGCCAAUGGGAAGUCAGGGCAUGGUUGGUAUGCCGCCCGCGAUGCCGGCCUGUUGA